AUGUCUGAAUUCGACGUUGUUAUUGUUGGUGCUGGUAUUUCCGGCAUCAACGCCGCCUAUCGCAUCCAGAGCCAACUACCUCAUCUUUCCUACGCCAUCCUCGAGGCUCGCGAUGCCAUCGGUGGCACGUGGGAUCUCUUCCGCUAUCCUGGCAUCCGCUCCGAUUCGGAUCUCUUCACUUUUGGCUUCGCCUGGAAUCCCUGGUCCAAGGACAACCCCAUUGCCGACGGCGCUUCCAUCGCAAAAUACGUGCGCAACACCGCUGCGGAAUAUGGCAUCGACAAGCACAUUCAGUUCCAGAAUCGCCUGUUGGCUGCAGACUGGUCUACUUCAGACAACUCAUGGACUCUAGCGGUCGAUAACGACGGCGCUACUAAAUCGUACAAGGCGCGCUUCGUUAUCUUCGGCACAGGCUAUUAUGACUACCACCAGCCUCUCAAGGCCGACAUUCCUGGCCUCGACAACUUCCAGGGCAAGCUCAUCCACCCCCAAUUCUGGCCCGAAGAUCUCGACUACGAGAAGAAAAAGGUCGUCAUCAUCGGCAGUGGAGCGACGGCCAUCACGCUGCUCCCCAAGAUGGCUGAAAAGGCCGAUCGCGUCACCAUGCUCCAGCGCAGUCCGACGUACAUUCUGUCCAUGCCCAACCGCUCACGAUCUCUUAUGAGCUACUUCCUACCCAGCUCGUGGAAUCGCAAAUUCCAGCGCCUCACCUGGAUCAUCACCUCGCGCAUCUUCUUCUUGUUCUGCCAGAGUUUCCCUACCCUUGCUCGGUUCAUUCUUCGACUUUCUGUUAAGCCCCAGCUUCCGUCUCAUGUCCCUCACGACCCGCACUUCAAGCCCCGUUACAACCCCUGGGAGCAGCGUCUCUGUGUCUGUCCCGAUGGCGAUUUCUUCAAGAGUCUACACACCGGCCGCGCAGACGUUCGAACCGACACAAUAAAGCAGGUGACACCCCGCGGUAUCGACCUCAACUCCGGCGAUUCCCUCGACGCAGACAUCAUCGUGACCGCCACCGGUUUGCGACUGCAACUAGCGGGAGGUGCCUCAAUCACCAUUGAUGGCGAGAAAUACCGUCUACCAGAGAAAUAUCUCUGGAACGGUGUCAUGGUGCAGGAUCUCCCCAACGCCUCAUUCGUGAUCGGAUACACCAACGCUUCGUGGACACUGGGUGCAGACGCCACUGCGCAAACUCUCUGCCGUCUCCUCAAGAAUAUGGAGAAGAACCACCAGGUCGCAGUCGUUCCCCGGUUGCACGAUGACUCGGGGCUGCAGCAGCGCAAGCUGUUGAACCUCAACUCGACCUAUGUGUCAGUAGCCGAGCAACAACUUCCCAGGGCAGCGGAUCGGGGGCCGUGGCAACCACGCGACAACUACUUUUCGGAUUACAUGUUCUCGAAAUACGGCAAUAUGAGUGAAAAUCUGGAGACGGUGCCGGGGGAUUUGAAAAUCAAGGCCUAG